UGCAGCCGGCCGCCGAGUGACCGCGCCGGACCCGAGGAGUCGCCGCGCCCCGCAGCCGCCCCGUCCGGUCCCCCGCCUUGCGCAUGGGCCUCGCCCGGAUGGGAAGCCACCGGGGCCUGGGCCAGCCACGGGCCGGCCUCUGCCUGUUCCUGGUCGCGCUGCAACUUAUGCCCCGGACGCUGGCCGUGGAUCCUGUGGAUGUGCUAAAGUCCUUGGGUGUACACAGGGGCCAAGCCGGGGUCCCCGAGAGGCCUGGCUUCUGUCCCCACAGGACUCCAGAGGGUGACCGAGCAUUCAGAGUGGGCAAGGCCAGCGUGCUCAGUGUCCCCACGUUGGACCUCUUUCCAGAUGGGCACUUCCCUGGGAACUUUUCUGUGCUGAUUACUCUGCGGGGCCAGCCAGCCAAUCAGUCUGUCCUCCUAUCUAUUUAUGAUGAGAUGGGUGCCCGGCAGCUGGGCCUGGUGCUGGGGCCAGCUCUGGACAUUAUAGGUGGUGCCUUCACCCGGAUGCCCCAGCAGGUCAACCUCACGGAUGGCAGGUGGCACCGUGUGGCAGUCAGUGUGGAUGGUGAUAUGGUGACAUUGGUAGCUGACUGUGAACCUCAGCCCUCUGUAUCAAGCCAGGGACUUCGAUUCAUCAGUACAGCUGGGCUCACUGUGCUGGGGACCCAGGACAGUAAGGAGGAGACUUUUGAGGGAGACAUCCAGGAGCUGCUGAUAAGCCCAGACCCCCAGGAUGCCUUCCAGGCCUGUGAGAAGUACCUCCCUGGCUGUGACAGCCCAGACCCCCCAACUUCAGGGGGCCCCCAGGAGGAGCCAGAAACCCAUCCUCCUCGCCGCAAGGGUAAGGGAAGAGGGAAGAAAAAAGAGCGAGGGCGCAAAGGCAAGGGCAGAAAGAAAAAGAACAAGGAGACCUUGGCCCCCAGUCUACCUCCCAGCCCCCUGGAGAAUCAGACCUCCACUGACGUCUCCAAGACCGAGAUGCCAAUUCCAAAUGUGCCCCUGACUCCCACGCCUUUGGUUGUCACUGCCACGGUGACUAUUGGCCACAAUGUGACUGUCCUACAGUAUCCUCAGGAGGAGAGGGACCCUGGCAGUGAAAUGGAGCUGAGGACCUCGGAGACCGAAGCAAUUGAAGAAGACGGAGAAGGGGCAGAUCCUAUGGGCCCUGAAUUCCGGGCAGCAGAACAACCUUUUGAGACUGAGUUCCAGGUCUUUCCUGGCGUUGGAGAAAAGGGAGCCAAAGGAGAACCAGCCGUGAUAGAACAGGGACAGCAGUUUGAGGGGCCUCCAGGACCCCCAGGACUCAGAGGGGUGGUUGGUCCCUCAGGCCCUCCUGGCCCCCCAGGAUUCCCUGGGGACCGUGGUCUACCGGGCCCCGCUGGCCUCCCAGGAAUCCCUGGCAUUGAUGGAGUGCGGGGCCCCCCAGGCACCGUCAUCAUGAUGCCGUUCCAGCUUGCUAGCAGUUCCCUCAAAGGACCUCCAGUCUCCUUCCAGCAGGCCCAGGCUCAGGCAGUGCUACAACAGGCACAGCUUUCAAUGAAAGGUCCCCCUGGCCCCGUGGGGCUCACCGGACGCCCAGGUCCUGUGGGUCUCCCUGGAUAUCCAGGUCUGAAAGGAGACAUAGGAGAAGUGGGGCCACAGGGUCCCCGAGGACUACAGGGUCCUCCUGGGCCCCCUGGCCGUGAGGGCAAGAUGGGCUGCCCUGGAGCAGAUGGGGCUCGGGGCCUCCCAGGAGACACAGGACCCAAGGGUGACCGGGGCUUUGAUGGUUUACCAGGGCUGCCUGGUGAGAAGGGCCAAAGGGGUGACUUUGGCCACGUGGGGCAACCUGGCCCCCCAGGAGAGGACGGUGAGAAGGGAGCAGAGGGACCUCCAGGGCCCACUGGCCAGGCUGGGGAGCCGGGUCCCCGAGGUUUGAUUGGCCCCAGAGGCUCCCCUGGCCCCCUGGGACGCCCGGGUGUCACUGGAAGUGAUGGGCCACCAGGUGCCAAAGGCAACGUGGGUCCCCAAGGAGAACCAGGUCCGCCAGGACAGCAGGGAAACCACGGGUCCCAGGGAAUCCCCGGUCCCCAGGGACCCAUUGGCACACCUGGGGAAAAGGGCCCCCCUGGAAACCCAGGAAUUCCAGGUCCCCCAGGAGCUGAUGGUCCUCCGGGCCACCCGGGCCAUGAGGGUCCCACAGGAGAAAAAGGGGCCCAGGGUUCACCAGGGGCGGCAGGCCCUCCAGGCUAUCCUGGACCUCGGGGUGUCAAGGGUACCUCUGGCAACCGGGGCCUCCAAGGAGAGAAAGGCGAGACGGGAGAAGAUGGUUUCCCUGGCUUCAAGGGUGAUGGGGGACUGAAAGGCGAUCGGGGGCAACCAGGACCCCCAGGUCCCCGAGGAGAGGAUGGUCCUGAGGGGCCAAAGGGGCCUGAGGGGCUGGUGGGCGAGGAGGGUCCCCCAGGAGCAGCUGGGGAAAAGGGCAAGCUUGGGGUGCCAGGUCUCCCAGGUUACCCAGGCCGCCCUGGACCUAAGGGGUCGAUUGGAUUUCCCGGGCCCCUGGGUCCAUUAGGAGAGAAAGGAAAGCGGGGGAAGGCAGGGCAACCAGGACAAGAAGGAGAGCGGGGACCACCAGGCUCCCGUGGAGAGAGGGGGCAGCCGGGGGCCACAGGACAACCAGGCCCCAAGGGCGACGUGGGGCAGGACGGGUCCAUUGGGAUUCCUGGAGAAAAGGGCCUCUCUGGUCCACAAGGACCCCCAGGAUUCCCUGGGCCAAAAGGCCCCCCUGGUCCUCAGGGGAAAGACGGGAUAUCAGGGCACCCCGGACCAAGAGGAGAAUUGGGCUUCCAAGGUCAGACAGGCCCACCUGGACCAGCUGGCGUUCUGGGUCCUCAGGGAAAGACAGGAGACGCGGGGCCUCUGGGCGAGAGGGGACCCCCAGGCCCUCCUGGACCUCCUGGGGAACAGGGUCUUCCAGGUCUGGAAGGCAGAGAGGGGGCCAAGGGAGAACUAGGACCCCUUGGGCCUCUCGGGAAGGAGGGGUCACCUGGACCCAGGGGCUUCCCCGGUCCCCAAGGAGCCCCAGGGGACCCAGGUCCUGUUGGUUUGAAGGGUGAUAAGGGCCCUCCUGGCCCUCUUGGAGCCAAUGGCUCCCCUGGUGAGCGGGGUCCUCUGGGCCCAUCAGGUGGCAUUGGGCUUCCUGGCCAAAGUGGAGGUCAAGGCCCUGUAGGUCCUGCAGGCGAGAAGGGGUCCCCGGGAGAGCGCGGAGCCCCUGGCUCCACUGGCAAAGAUGGGAUUCCAGGGCCACUGGGGCUUCAGGGACCCCCUGGAGCUGCUGGACCUUCUGGCGAGGAAGGGGACAAGGGGGAAGUGGGUGCCCCCGGACACAAAGGGAGCAAAGGUGACAAGGGCGAUGCGGGCCCACCUGGACCGACAGGAAUACGGGGUCCUGUGGGACACCCAGGCCUCCCGGGAGCAGAUGGGGCUCAGGGACGCCCUGGACCCCCAGGCCUCUUCGGGCAAAAGGGAAAUGAAGGCAUCAGAGGCUUUGUGGGUGUAAUUGGCCCCAUAGGCCUGCAGGGGCUGCCAGGCCCUCCUGGAGAGAAAGGGGAAGUUGGAGACGUAGGGUCCAUGGGUCCGCAUGGAGCUCCAGGCCCUCGGGGUCCUCAUGGCCCCAGUGGAUCAGAGGGCUCUCCUGGGCUGCCUGGAGGGGUUGGCCAGCCAGGAGCUGUGGGUGAGAAGGGUGAGCCAGGGGAUGCUGGAGACCCAGGACCCCCAGGAACUCCCGGUAUCCCAGGGCCCAAAGGUGAAAUUGGUGAAAAGGGGGACUCAGGUCCAUCUGGGGCUGCUGGACCCCCAGGCAAGAAAGGCCCCCCUGGAGAGGAUGGACCCAAAGGGAGCAUGGGCCCCACAGGGCUCCCCGGAGACCUAGGGCCCCCAGGAGACCCUGGAGUUCUGGGUACUGAUGGCCCCCCUGGGGAAAAGGGAGAUCAUGGCGAUAUUGGGGGUCCGGGACCGCCCGGUGCUUCUGGGGAACCUGGUGCCCGUGGGCCCCCUGGCAAAAGGGGUCCGCCAGGCCGCGUGGGCCCAGAAGGCAGAGAGGGAGAGAAAGGUGCCAAGGGAGAUCCAGGUCCUGAUGGGCCCCCAGGGAAGACAGGCCCAGUGGGGGCUCAGGGGCCCCCUGGACGUGUUGGGCCUGAGGGUCUCCCAGGGAUCCCUGGCCCUGUGGGUGAACCCGGCCUCCUGGGACCCCCUGGGCUGAUGGGACCUCCAGGUCCCCUGGGACCCUCUGGCCUCCCAGGGCUGAAGGGGGAUGCCGGCCUCAAAGGGGAAAAGGGCCACAUCGGAUUAAUUGGCCUCAUUGGUCCCCCUGGGGAGGCUGGUGAGAAAGGGGACCAAGGGUUGCCAGGUGUGCAGGGCCCCCAAGGCCCACAGGGAGACCCUGGUUCCCCUGGUCCCACUGGCUCUUUGGGCCACCCUGGGCCCCCAGGUGUGGCGGGCCCUCUGGGACAGAAAGGCUCCAAGGGGUCCCCGGGAUCCGUUGGUCCCCGUGGAGACACUGGACCUGCAGGUCCCCCCGGCCCCCCUGGUCCCCCAGCCCAGCUGCCUGAGGGAUUGCGCAGGCGCCGCAGGCGUGCAGUCCUGGGCACCCCGGAGGGUGGCCUGGAGGAGGUGCUGGCUUCACUCAACUCUCUGAGCUCGGAGGUAGAGCAGCUGCGGAGACCUCCAGGCACAGCCGAGCGCCCAGGUCUUGUGUGUGAUGAACUUUACCGCAACCACCCGCACCUGCCAGAUGGGGAGUACUGGAUUGACCCCAACCAGGGCUGUGCGCAGGAUGCAUUCAGGGUUUUCUGCAAUUUCACGGCGGGAGGAGAGACCUGCCUCUAUCCAGACAAGAAGUUUGAGACCGUGAAACUGGCCUCCUGGUCCAAGGAAAAGCCGGGAAACUGGUACAGCACUUUCCGACGAGGGAAGAAGUUCUCCUACGUGGAUGCUGAUGGGUCUCCGGUGAACGUGGUCCAGUUGACCUUCCUAAAAUUGCUAAGUGCUGCUGCCCGCCAGACCUUCAUCUUCUCCUGCCAGAACUCAGCCGCCUGGCUGGAUGAAGCUGCAGGUGACCACAGACGCUCCCUCCGCUUCCUCGGGACCAAUGGGGAGGAGCUGUCCUUCAACGAGACAGCAGCGGCCACCAUCAGGGUCCCUCAUGAUGGCUGCCGGCUCCGGAAGGGACAGGCGAAGACGCUCUUGGAGUUCAGCUCUUCCCGAGUGGGCUUUCUGCCCCUAUGGGAUGUGGCAGCCAUUGACUUUGGCCAGACGAACCAGAAGUUUGGAUUUGAACUUGGCCCCGUCUGCUUUAGCAGCUGAGAGUUGAGGGAUGGGAAGGACAUCAAGGUUGCCCUGCUGGGGCGUAUUUGGUGCUGAGGCUUUAACGCCACCGUAUAUAUCAUCUCCUGGGACUCUGGAGUCAGGAAAUGUGACUGCAUGUCCCUUCUCCCUUCCAGGAGGCUAAGGGAUGGACUCCUCCAGCCCAAAGGUCCAGCUCCCCUCUACCCCAUCCGGGUGGCAUAAGCGCAGUCUGGCUCUUUCUCCCCUCCAUCCUCAUCCACCCAUCCACUCCACCCCUUCUGAGUCCCCAUGCAAUGA